AUAAAGCCUUGGCCUCAAAAAUUCCCAAAAUGCCAAUCCCAAAUCCGCCAUUGAAGAACUUCAAGAAGAACAAAAAAUGGGUCUCACUCUCACCGGAAAAUCCAAAUCCAGUGCUGGCGAGAAUUGGGGAAUGGGUCUUCUUCUCGUCUUCUUCUCCGAAGAUUCAACUUCCGCCAUUGCUGACCAGAAGAAGCUAUUUUCAUCUUCCUCCCCUUCUUCUUCUUUUUCUUCUUCAGGUCGUCGGAGUAAUUACAAUCUUCUCAACAAAGCUCAGUCCACCAUUUCUGUUUGUGCUCUGCUCGUCUUUGUUUCUCUUCUUCUCUUCACUCUCUCCACAUUCGAACCCGCCAUUAAAAUGAACCUCACUCCCCCUCGGAGGCUCCUCUCCCAGAAAUCGAUGCCGAUUGAAGUUCGUACGCCGUCGGACAAUCAGUGGAACUGGUUUGGCAAAAUGUGGAAGCAGAAACCGGCGAGGGGGAAGAUGACGAAUGACGCUGUUUCCACGGCGGCGCUGCAACGAAUGGGGACUUUGUACAUGCGAGGUACUCGAGCUAUGCCGGACUUGACGGUGGUCCAUGUAUCGGAAGACGUCGGAGAAGAAGACCUCCGGCUUUUUCUCCGACUGUUCCAUCGGUCUGGCGUCACCGCGAAAUCUGAUUCGGUUUUCGUCUUCCCCUCGCCAACGCUCUCGUUGAGAUUCGGUCCGAUUAUUCGGGAGGAAAACGAAUCGUUUCUGAAACUACUUGGGCAGUACCGGAAUUUGAACGGAACGGCCAGCCGGAGCGCGGCGGCGGGAUUUGAUGUGACUCAGUUUGUUAAAACCAAAGAGAAGAAGGAGACGGAGGAGCCGAUUUGGGGGAAGAGAGUGAAACGAAUAGCGAACGAUUCUAACGGUAGCGGGGACGAGUUGACUCGGCUGAGUUACGGCUCGGUGGUGGGUUUCGACGCGGCGGAAAUUGAUCCGGAGAAUUCACUUUCCGGCUUCUCAGAUCAUAUUCCGAUGAGUUUACGACGGUGGGCCUGUUAUCCAAUGCUCCUCGGCCGAGUCCGCCGGAAUUUCAAGCACGUAAUGCUCGUCGACGCCAAAAACUCGCUUAUACUCGGGGAUCCACUCAGCCGAGUCAGAAACAAAGGAACCGAGUCCGUAAUUCUCUUCACCAACAAGCACAACAAAAAGAACUCGGAAAGGUCAAACACCCACCAUCUUGUCAAUCCAGCCAUCGUGGUCGGCGGAGCACGCGGCAUCCGGCGGCUAUCUAACGCAGCGGUGGUGGAAAUCGCCAGAAUUCUUAUGCAGCACAAGAAGAAGAACUCGGUCUCGGACUCGGGAGUACUGAGUCACCUCGUUAACAGUGAGUUUUUAUUAAAGAAUGUAAAAGUGAUUACGUCGACUGAGUCGAUUCCAGAAGUGAGUUCGCUAGCCGGAGUGGAAUUGGACUCUGUCGGUUCGUCGUCGGCGCCGGAGAAGAUGAUGUUCCAGAGGGGCAAUAAUGGUAAUUCACGUGAAAUUAAUUCUGUUAUUAUGAAGAAAAUAUGUUCAUCUGAAAUUGAUUCUUCUGUCUAUAGUGAUUGUUAGCAAAUCAAUUUAGAGGGAAAAAAAAUUAGAUGUAUAAUUAAUUUAAAAUGAGUGAGCUAUAAAGUUUUUUUUUUUAAUAUAAUUUUUAUACUCAUUGUAUAUAUACUUGAUACCUUAGAAUAAAGAUUCUAAUGUUGUUUGUUUGAUCAUAUA